AUGCCGACGCAGCGGGACGGCAACGGCACCAUGUCCCACUCGGGCCCCGCCGGCGGCGGGGGCGGCCUCGGCGGCGACAGCGCCCACCAGGUCCGCGUGAAAGCCUAUUACAAAGGGGACAUCAUGAUAACAUAUUUUGAACCUUCCAUCUCCUUUGAGGGACUGUGCAGUGAAGUCCGAGACAUGUGCUCCUUUGACAAYGAACAGCUUUUCACCAUGAAGUGGAUUGAUGAGGAAGGAGAUCCGUGUACAGUUUCCUCUCAGCUGGAGCUGGAAGAAGCCUUUCGGUUGUAUGAACUAAACAAGGAUUCAGAGCUUCUAAUUCACGUAUUUCCUUGUGUACCAGAACGUCCUGGAAUGCCUUGUCCUGGAGAAGAUAAAUCCAUUUAUCGCCGAGGCGCCCGCCGGUGGCGAAAGCUGUAUUGUGCAAAUGGGCACACUUUCCAGGCCAAAAGAUUUAACAGGCGAGCUCAUUGUGCCAUCUGCACUGACCGAAUUUGGGGUCUGGGUCGCCAAGGAUAUAAAUGCAUCAAUUGUAAACUCCUUGUUCACAAGAAGUGUCACAAGCUUGUCAGUAUUGAAUGUGGUCGCCAUACACUACAGCCAGAACCAAUAAUGCCUAUGGAUCCAUCAUCAGUGCAUCCAGAUAAUGUAGAAUCAGUGAUUCCAUAUAAUCCCUCAAGUCAUGAGAGCUUGGAUCAUGUUGGUGAGGAGAAAGAGGCAAUGAGUAUUAGAGAAAGUGGCAAAGCUUCCUCCAGUCUGGGUCUUCAGGAUUUUGAUUUGCUCCGAGUUAUAGGAAGAGGCAGUUAUGCUAAAGUACUGCUUGUUCGAUUAAAGAAAACUGAACGCAUUUAUGCAAUGAAAGUGGUGAAAAAAGAACUCGUCAAUGAUGAUGAGGAUAUUGAUUGGGUUCAGACAGAGAAACACGUCUUUGAACAGGCUUCAAAUCAUCCUUUUCUUGUUGGACUACACUCUUGCUUCCAGACAGAAAGCAGGCUGUUUUUUGUUAUAGAGUAUGUAAAUGGAGGAGAUCUAAUGUUUCACAUGCAGAGGCAGAGAAAACUGCCGGAGGAGCAUGCCAGGUUUUAUUCUGCUGAAAUCAGUCUAGCAUUGAACUAUUUACAUGAACGGGGGAUAAUCUACAGAGAUUUAAAACUGGAUAAUGUACUACUAGAUUCUGAAGGGCAUAUUAAACUCACAGAUUAUGGCAUGUGCAAGGAAGGGCUAAGGCCUGGAGACACAACCAGCACAUUCUGUGGGACUCCAAACUAUAUUGCUCCUGAAAUUCUCCGGGGAGAGGAUUAUGGCUUCAGUGUAGACUGGUGGGCACUGGGUGUACUUAUGUUUGAAAUGAUGGCAGGCCGGUCACCGUUCGAUAUUGUUGGAAGUUCUGACAAUCCUGACCAGAACACAGAAGACUAUCUCUUUCAAGUCAUCUUGGAAAAACAGAUACGAAUUCCCCGAUCUCUUUCUGUUAAAGCAGCAGGUGUUCUGAAGAGUUUCCUUAAUAAGGAUCCAAAGGAGCGUUUAGGCUGCCACCCUCAGACGGGAUUUGCAGAUAUUCAGGGACAUCCAUUUUUUCGCAAUGUUGAUUGGGAUUUGAUGGAACAAAAGCAAGUGGUUCCUCCUUUUAAACCAAAUAUAUCUGGAGAAUUUGGUCUGGAUAACUUUGAUUCCCAGUUCACCAAUGAACCUGUACAGCUCACUCCAGACGAUGAUGAUAUUGUGAAGAAGAUUGACCAGUCUGAAUUUGAAGGCUUUGAAUAUAUAAAUCCUCUUUUGAUGUCUGCUGAGGAAUGUGUCUGAGUUAUCCAUUUCUGGACUGUGCCAAUUGCUACCGUUUGGUUCUGCAUGGAUAAAUAUCUCUCCAUUUGAUGCAGUUGCAUAAAAUGAAUAACUAAAUAUCUUACUCUUGCCACCUAGUGUGGAUUACUCACUAUUUUCUUUUGGUAUUAAUUGUCAUCCUGAACAGUUGUUAUGUUGGACCUCGGGCUGCCAGCAGAUGAAAAACAUAAAUUUCCCAAUAGUUUUGCCAAACUUGAACUUUAAUGUAGAAGUUGUUCUGCAGGAUUCCUGACUGAACAAGGGGAUCUGGCUGUACAAUUAGCCAGUGCAGCAUUCUGUUAAAGGAAACUUUUGUUACUGCUUUAAGAAUACAAAUUGCAUUAGGGAACAUACUAAAUAUCCUUAAAGGGCUUCUAUUUUUGCAGCAAGACAAAUAAGACCUCAUGACUUCUGUAGAGCUAAAUCUGUCCUAUCUGAACAUCUGAUUUCUGUGUUCUCCUUUGACUCUAGAAGUUGCAGGUAAAUUAUUGCCCUUUAAAUGACGGUAAGGAGAACAGUUUUUUAAAACUCCAUAGGUCAAGAAAGACUGUUUUCAUAGUGUGUAUUGAUUCUGUCUGCAAAGGAGUAGAUUAACAUUAGAAUGGAUAGGUUUGGGUACUGAAUUACACACUAUGAAUUGUAUGUGGCUUUUGACAUUUGAACAGCGAGUGCCUUUCUGAGCCUGUCCCUUUCAGCAAGGGUUGUACGUGGUAUCAAGUGUCAGUUUAAAUAACUAGAAUUCAAUUAAUACUUUUUAAAAUGAAAAUCUGUAGAGUGUAAAUUAGCAGAAAUUGGCAGCUAAUUUUGAAGAAUGUAGGACCUCACACUAUUAUUUAUUGCUUUUACAUUUUCUGUCUUACUGUAUGGGUAUGUUACAGCUAUGGUCUAGAUAAGGGCAUUGUUUCCUAUUAUCUGAUUGCCAUACUGCUGGCAAGGCAUUUCACUUUGCCAGUGGGAAAAGCACAUCUGUAAAAAAAAAUAGGUGCUGUCCACAAUGACUCCUUUAACUUUUUCCUCUAUAGUAAUUUGUAAUCACAAUCAAACCUUAAGUAUUGGUAGUAAGUGCAAAGUUAGUUAUAAAGCAGUUGGUGGGAGUAAAUAGAACAAUUCAAAAUAGGAGAUAAGGGUAGAGUGAUUCUUACAUUUCAUAUCGGUAAACAGUGUAAUAUACAGCACAACUAAUUCUUAUUUUU